ACACACACACACGCACGCACACGCGCACACACACACGGUGAGACCGUCGCGCUACCGAGUCCAGCUCGUGUCGCGCGCAUCCAGGGAGCGCGCGCUCAUGCCUCCUGAUCUCGUCCAUCUGCGCAGAGCGGCGAUGCGCUGCUGGAAGAAGAACCAAAAGCAGCACAGAAGUUGUUCCUGUCGGCGCAGCCUCACCAGGAGCAACCUUCCUCUCUAGCGGUGCGGUCGGUGGCGCGGACAAAGAGGAGGAUGAGGACCCGAACAGAGCCCGGAGCGGUACCGUCCCAUCCUCAGAGCAAUCCCGGGUUCGUGCUGUAACUUUUUGAAGUUUCCCCUCAGCUUUCCAGCUGCUCCUGUCAUCGUCGGCUCCCCUCAGCGUCCCGCCAUGCUCGCGUUUUCAGUCCGCGGAGCGCUCUCCCUGUGCGCUCUCCUCCAGCUGUUCCCUCUUCCCGGCGGGCAGGUGCCGAACUGCCAGGAGGUGCGCACGGUCUUCCAUUCCCUGCACCCCGGAUCCAAGUGGGUCCCCGAAAACCCGGUUUCAGGUGGGGAUCUGCAGGUUUGCCAAACCAAAGGCCCGACCUGCUGUUCCAAGAAGAUGGAGGAGCGCUAUCAGGUGGCUGCGCGCAGCAACAUGGAGUCUGGUCUGCAGGUUGUCACUGCACAACUCAAACACCUCAUCAUCCAGAAUGCCGCCAUCUUCCAGGAGGCCUUCGACCUGGUGCUGCGUCAUGGCAGGAACUCCACCCUGGCCAUGCUGAAGCCAGAGUUCCCGGGUCUUCUGCCCAGCUCUCAGAGCACUGUGGGACAGCUCUUCCUGGACAUGUCCCUCUACACUCUGGGCUCGGACUCCACGGUGGACCACAUGGUAACGUCGUUCUUUGGGAAGCUGUUUCCCCUUGCAUACCGCCGCCUGGUGGGGGGCAGCAGCUCCUCUGUGUCGGAGGAGUGUGUACGGGGAGCUUGGAAAGACUCGGGAGCCUUUGGCCCUUACCCCAAGCUAAUCAUGACCCGUCUGUCUCGCUCCCUCCUGGCAACUCGAGUCUUCCUGCAGGCGCUGAACCUGGGCAUCGAGGUAGUCAACACCACGGACCAUCUGCGACCCGGCAGAGACUGCAGCCGGGCCCUGCUGAGGCUGUGGUACUGCCCACACUGUCAGGGCCUGCUGGGACCACCAGCCUGCAGGGGCUUCUGUCAGGCAGUGAUGCAGAGCUGCCUGGGUGGAGCAGCAGAGGUCCAGCCUCACUGGAGGAGCUACAUCGACGGACUGGGGAAGCUGGCCGGAGGCAUGAGGGGGGAGCAGGACAUGGAGGCUGUUGUUCUCCGACUGCCCGCCAUGAUUAAACUGGCUCUGAAGCACACUGUGAACUCCCGCAGCCGCCUCAGCACGCUGGUGAGCGGGAUGUGUGGACACGCCACUCAGCGGGCCUCUCGCUCCGUCGAGUCCCCCCCUCCUCCACCCCUUCCUACACGCCCUCUCCCUCUCCAACCUCCCGCUGCCUCCUCCACUCGUGACGCUCAGCCCUCGGACUCAGAUGAGACUCUGGCCGGUCUCCGCAGGGAGUUUAUAACCAGCCUGAAAGGCUUCAGCUCCUUCUACAGCGGGCUCGGGGAGGCACUGUGCAGCCGCGAGCCUGCACCAGCCAACCACUCCCUCUGCUGGAAUGGGCAGGAGAUGACAGACAGGUUUAUAGGUCCGGGGUUGAAACGGCUGCUGUCAGCUUCAGAGGCUAAGAACAACAAGCCCCCGGAGCCGGUCAUCAGCCAGAUCAUCGAUAAACUCAAACACAUCAACCAGCUGCUGAACACGGUAACGGUGUCGGAGAAGCGUUGGCGAGCCAGGUCAAGAGGAGGCGGAGCUAACGGGUGGAGCGACGAGGCCGAAGAGGGAUUGACAAGCGGGGACUGUGAUGAUGAGGACGAGUGUGCUGGGGUGUCGGGGCUGGGGCCGCCGCCGAGGCGCAAACGCCUACGCAUCUUUGCAGUGGCUCAGAUCAGCCGCUCUUCUCUGGAUCUCCUCCUCAGAAGGAGCUGAGAAGUGACAGCGUGCAUGAGACAAUGCGUGAAGAUGGCAGAUCUUUCUGACAACCUGGCAAUGGAGGACUUCACCUUCCAGGAGCAGCUUCUGACCCCUCGGCUGGCCACGGCCGGGGUGGGAGGUGUAGCCUCACCUGCAGCUCCGCUGUGGACAGGCUGCUUGGCUCCAGUUCUGCCUACGACGUUCGCUCUGUUCCAGCUUUGGCACCACUGACCCGUGUACUUCCCAAACCCAAACUCCGUGCUGUGCAGAGCAAUGAACAUUUUUUUGGACUCCUUGAUCCUAAUUUUAAAUUUCUGUAGCCCGUCAAAAGAACCACGAACGAAAAACGUAACAUUUCCCUUCAUCGGUCUCUUACUAGAACUUGAUUUUAUUUAUUCAAAAUCAGCAGAUGUUCUAAAAACCUGUGAAAGCACACUCGGUAAAACACCGGUCUGUGUCCACCGUGCUCAUUUGACCACUUUUGUCUGUACAGCAGUAAAACACUGGAGCCCCAGACCUUUAGUUUAUUGAAGAACAUGUAAAUACAUGUGUAAAUCACACCAGACCUCUUUUUAAAGUGAUCCCACUCUGUCUUUUCUGACUUAUUGCCCUGAAAGAACAAGCUGGAAGACUGCUGCCAUUCCCCUUUCAUGACUGAGAGAUUUCUCGCCAGCGUUGGACCUUUAAAAUAAUGGGAAUCUCCUAAUAAAGAUGCACUGUUCCUUUAAUCUCCCUUUCAACUACUCCUCUCCUCUGGAUAGUCCAUUAAAAAUAACAAAUGGCAUAACUGGAGAAAAAAAAAAAGCUUUAAAUGGUUCCUAAAUUGGAGGUUUUUAAUUGUAAAUGGGACUUGAUCAGUUGCCAUGACAACGCCAUGUUGUUGGAGGUGCGAACUCACUGAUCGCAUUCAAUAGAUGUGAAAUUUAACAAACCACUGCAAUGUAAUCAUACUACGUAUCUACCCUUCAGCUUAUAGUUUAGACUGUUUUGCAACGAUUUGAGAAUAUGUUAAAAAAAUGUCAACUUUGACCUGAAAGUGAAAUGAAUUUUUCAAAAUGUCACACAUACCACGGACUGGCAUUUUAUUCUCCCUCUUUUUACUUUCUUUGAAGGCGUACUAUGCAACAUUUUCAUAUUUUAAAAUAAUUUUCUUGAGCCAGUAUGUGCUAAAAUGACACAUUAAAAGGUAUUGACCCCCCACUGCCCUCUGUGGCCAGAUUACACACUUGCAACUUCAGAGUGCCGGUCCAGUCCCCGUGGGACUUAAUAAAGUGGAGCUGGACAUGCCUGGCGCUGCAGCCUGCUUCCAACACGUUUUCUGCAUGUUUUUGAUCACAAGCACAGCUGAUUUGUUUGAUUUAGUGAUGAACCGCUCUUGUAGACACUAAUGAAGGCUUGGGAGAUGUUUCAGCUGUUAGAUUAAGGUGUUAAAAAGAUGAACGCAUAUCGAGGA